CGGUACGCCAAACUUGAAGCGCAGACAUGUAUUGGGGACCGUGGACCAGGGAAGAAGAUGUCCAGCUGUACGAGCUCUACUGUCGGGCACCAGGAAAAUGGGUGUGGAUCUCGGAAAAUUUGGCUCGUCCGCGCAGCCAUUUCUUGGCCAAAAAACGAUAUGUGUACUAUGUCGGCCGGUAUAUCAAUAUGCUUAAAGCGUGUAAGGGGCCUGAUUGGGACCCGGUGGCCGACCAGCUCGAGGAGGUGCACAUGCGAUGUGAGAUCUCGGCGUGGUACACCCAACGACUAGAGGGCUAUCGGCCCCAAGAUCCCUACCCGUGCCCUUACAAUGUUGACCUGACCGGGUAUAGUCAGCAUAUUAAAAAACAAUACACUUUCAGAUAGAGUUCAAUUCAAUAUUACAAUAUACUAGAAUUGUCUUAAACAAUCUUUUUUUCCA